UUACAUUCUCGUUUACUAGCUUACUUUGUAUUCAUCAUGGCGGAACAGACUGUUCAACUAUGUAAGAUUAAGAAUCUUUUGCCAUCUAGCGCGCAAUUUCAACGGUUUCUGUACGCCUUGUGGUUUUACUAGUGGUGUUCGGUGAGGUAUUGACACUUUGAAUAAGGGAACGCAUAAUUUGAAGAAUGAAAGAUCUAACUGGUUGUGUAUGUCUUGUUACGGGAGCUACUCGUGGCAUUGGUAAAGGCAUAGCAGUAUCAUUAGGAAAGUCUGGAGCCACAGUGUAUUUAACUGGACGAACAUCAGUGCCGCUUAAUGGCGGGAUUGGCGGUAGUCUCCAGGAAACGUCAGAUAUCAUCAAUAACUUUGGUGGUAAAGCUAUUCCUGUUAUGGUUGAUCAUUCUAAUGAAAAUGAAAUAGAAAAUCUAUUUCAUCAGAUUGAUCGUGAACAAAAAGGUCGCUUAGAUAUCGUAGUUAACAAUGCAUAUAGUGCUGUAACAUUUUUACAGAAAAAUAUGGGGAAACCGUAUUAUGAAAUUACAGACAUAUCUCCAGGUGAAGCUUGGGAUGUUGUUAAUGAUACUGGUUUAAAGAAUCACUAUAUUUGUUCUGUUUUGGCUACUCGAAUGAUGAUUGAAUACCAGAAAAAAACAAAUUCAAGUUCAACCCGACCUGGUUUAAUCGUAAAUAUCACUUCUGUCGGUGGAAAAAUCUACCUUUUUAGCGUGUCUUAUGGAAGUGGUAAAGCAGCACUAGAUCGCAUAACUCAUGAUAUGGCGCUCGAAUUAAGAAGGGAAAAUAUUAACAUUUCGAUUGUCGGAAUUUCUCCUGGAUUAGUUCGUACAGAGCAUAUUCUUGACGCUGCUUCUAAAGGUUCUCUCACAAUGAAUAUAGAAAACAGUCAAUCUCCCGAGUUAGUUGGUCGCGUAGUAGUAGGUAUGGCUGCUGAAUCACCUAAGAAACUACUUUCUCGGUCAGGUAAUAUAUUCCUUGUUAGUGAUUUAGCUGAGGAAUACGGUAUACACGAAGAUUGUGGUCGAGAAAUCGUAAACGUAACAGUCUACUGAAUCGUUCUUUAAUUCAAAAACCCCACAAGUAUUAUAUAUCUCAUCAUCGUGAUCGGUCUAUUACAAUAUUGUUGUUUAAUGUGCACAAUAUAAAAUUGUUAAUGAAACUGCUAUUGAAGUUUUUAUAACAUCUGAAAGAUUUUUGCACCAGGUGAUAGAAGAUAAUGUUUGGAAAAUUUGACCAAGUUUAACCAUUCGGGUUUGGGGAAUUAUUCACUUUAAACUGCAAACCACAUUAUGUUUCCAAUCAAACGUUAUAAAAUUCAACCAACCAAUCAUUCCGGUCAAUACGAACUAACCAAUCAAGUUUCGACUGACAAAGGAAUAUUAUUAUAUAUUUUUAUACCUUAGUUAUGUGAUUAAUUUGUGCAAAUAUGAGUGGAAAACUUCAUGGUUGUGUUUGCUUAGUAACGGGAGCCACGCGGGGCAUUGGGAAAGGUAUCGCGGUGGAGUUGGGUCAAGCAGGAGCCAUUGUAUACAUUACUGGACGUACAUUGAAAUCUGAUAGGAAAAAUGUUGAGGGUUCUUUAGAGGAAACAGCAGAAACUAUAAAUAAUUCUAAUUGUGGAGGCAAGUGCAUACCAGUGGCUGUUGAUCAUACAGACGAUGAUCAAAUCUCCAAAUUAUUUGAUCGGAUUGAACGUGAACAACACGGACGUCUUGAUAUUCUAGUCAAUAAUGCUUUCAGUGCUGUUGGUUUUCUGUUGAACAAUGUAGACAAGCCUUAUUACGAGAUUGAGAGUAAAUCGCCAGGUGAAGCGUGGGAUAUAGUAAACAAUGUUGGUUUAAGGAAUAAUUAUAUUUGCUCCGUUUUUGCGACAAAAUUGAUGAUAAAUUAUCAAGAGAAGUUGAAAAAGGAUGGUGUUAAAGAUGAUCAUCUCAGGCCGGGACUAAUAGUAAAUGUUUCGUCAAUUGGUGCAAGGAUUUACUUUUUCAAUGCAAUUUAUGGAGCAGGUAAAGCUGCAUUGGACCGUAUGACGUGUGACAUGGCUUACGAUUUAAAGCGGACUAAUACUAAUAUAUGCAUCUUCAGUUUAUGGCCAGGUCCAGUCCGUACGGAAACUGUAGUUGCAGAAGCUACUGAUGGGACCCUGAAACUUGGCGAAAAGAUAGCUUUUCAUUAUGAUACCGCGGAAUCACCUCAGUUAUCUGGUAAAGUAAUUAUUGCGAUAGCAAACGAACAACGUGAUAAGCUACUUUCAAGAAAUGGUCAAGUCAUUCUAACUUGUGAUAUAGCUGACGAAUAUAGUAUUAAAGAAAUAGAUGGUAGAAAACCAAUUAAUUUACGUUCAUUACAAUUAGCUGUGAAAACUCAGUGUUCUUUACUUGGUUAUCUUAUCCCUGGUUUUAUUCGUAUUCCGUUGAGUUUGGUAACAUACAUUCUUCGUCGUCAAUAGAUUGAAAGUGGACAGAUUAAAACAUACGAUUAACUAUUUAUACAGUAAACUUAUUAUUGCAUAUUUUCACUUCUACAGUGUCUAACAGUAUUUUUUCCUAAAUUGCGCUUAAUAUCAUUACUUUUUUGGAUGCUGUUUCACAAUACAUUUAAGGGUCAGAAUAACUGGUUAUUCUCAUUGCUGUUAAUUUUAUUUCACAGUUUGAAAUGUAAAUGUUCUCACGAGCGCAAGAAAUUUCGAACAAUCUGAUCACACAUAUACUUGUUGAGAACAUUUAUAUGCACAAAAAUGGUUGCAGAAACAAAUGAAUUCCAAUGGUCGAAUAAGAUCACAGGAUAGACAGACAUCAUCCUCCAUUGCGAAACAUUUGAUUGAGACGGGUCAUAUGGUUGAUAUCAAAUCAGCAUUUGUAGUGUUAUACAAAAGCCUUCAAGGACGUAUACUAAGGUUUAUUGAAGCCUUGGCUAUAUGGAAAUUGAAACCCCCUUUAUGUGUUCAAAAACAAUUUGUCCUUACACUUAACCUAUCCUUUGUUAUGGUUUACUCUUAACCUGUCUAGUUGACCUUUUAAUUUUCAGAUAUAAAUGUUUUUAACAAGUAUAUGUGUGAUCAUAUUGUUUGAAAUGUAUUGCGCUAAUAUAUUAUCACAUAGUUCUGAUAAUCUUCGUCUUCUUAUUACACUAUUGGAAUUUAUGAAAGGGACUAAUUGCUCUAAAUUUAAUUAUGUAAUGAACUUAGCAAACGUCAGGAAUUUGAUCUUAAUGUUAAUAUUAUGCUAUCUUGAUGUUACUUACUUACUUACACCUGUUACUCCUCGUGAAGGAGCAUAGGCCACUCACCAGCACUCUCCAUCCAACCCCGUCCUGGGCAAUCCUUUCCAGCUCUUUCCAGUUGUUAUUCAUCCUUUUCAUAUCUGCUUCUAUUUUCCGACGUAAUAUGUUCUUUGGCCCUCAUCUUUUCCCCUUCACUUCAGGACUCCAUGUUAGGGCUUGCCUCGUGAUGCAGUCUGAUGAUUUGCGUAAUGUAUGUUUUAUCCAUUUCCAUAAUCUUUUCCUGAUUUCCUCCUCAACUAGAAGCUGGU